CCCCACUGCUGAGCUUGCCUUCAAAACUAGCAUCGUUUAUUCCAUCAGAGGCAACUGUGAUGCGCGACGAAAAAACAGAAGAAUGUGUAGCCACAAAACAGGAUAUAUUUUAUUAUUCUAUUUAGAUCGGUGUGUUGGAAUCAGUUGCUAUAAUGUGAUCGAAUCGUCGUGGUCAUAGGGAGGCGCACAGAUGUUCCAAGCUGCGGAGAAAGAAACCUUUAUGCAGGGAUUAUAGGGGCGCGCGUUGUGUUGUAUUUAUGUUGAACAAUUUGAAUCCAAACCAUGAGCAGUAUGAAGGACAAAGCGACUAUGCGCCAGCAGAGCUCGGAUAAUAACUCAGUGAGCAGCAAUGAAUGGGACAUGGCAAAUGAUGUUUUCGUGUCCGGCUACGACGACAACCCGAUGGGAGUGGAAACCCGCAACGGGGAGAGUGACCCAGGAGAACCCGGCUUGGACGGACACAUUCCGCUUUUACCACAGGACGGCAUAAUACUGGGCCUGUCUGAAGAAGAAUACUCGAGCUCAUCGUAUUUGGACAUCGAGCCGAACUACACGGAAAGUGACGGCAACGUGUCAACCAAGAAACGCAUACGUUCGAACAGCUCUCGGCACAGGGGUGAGAUCGUGACGGAGCUGGGCCCGGAGGAGGUCAGGUGGUUUUACAAAGAGGACAAGCGGACUUGGAAACCUUUCGUUGGACAUGACUCGUUAAAAAUUGAGACCGCCUAUGGGAGGUUCAGUGAGCAGAACCCCGAUAAGGUUAAACGCCACAGUGAGCCCGUCGAUACCGAGGGUAAAGACGCAACCACGUCCGGCGAGAUCCAGCCAGACGAGAGCGUGGAUGAGUGCGGUGUUCAAAAUGAGUCGGCGGUCCGGCAACGGCCCUCGGUGUCCGACGAGACGAGGGACCUGGGCGAAAACAGAAUUAACAUGGAGGCAGUGUGUGUGAGAGGAGGCCUCUAUGAGGUGGACAUCAGAGAGAAGGAAUGCUACCCUGUGUACUGGAACCAGCAAGAUCGCAUUCCCGUGAUGAGAGGUCAGUGGUUCAUCGAUGGAACCUGGCUUCCUUUAGAGGAAGAUGAGAGUGACAUGAUUGAGCAAGAGCACCUUGCUCGUUUCCGCGGUCAACAAAUGAGGGACACCUAUGAAAUGGAGGCAGUGACCACCACAGUAGACAGCAAAGAUGCUAUUCACAGUUUGAAGCUGAGCCGCAGCCAUGUUGACUGGCACAGUGUGGAUUUGGUGUACCUUUACAGCGACGCGACCACGUCCAAGAUUGCACGAACCGUUACUCAGAAACUGGGCUUUUCCAAAGCUUCCAGCAGCGGCACACGUCUCCACAGAGGGUACGUAGAGGAGGCAGCACCUGAGGACACUCCACCUGAAACCACUCACAUCGUGUUUGUGGUCCAUGGCAUCGGUCAGAAAAUGGACCAGGGUCGUAUUAUUAGAAACACUAGCAUGAUGAGAGAUGCUGCCAGAAAGAUGGAGGAGAAGCACUUUCCUAAUCGCACCACAGAGCAUGUUGAAUUCCUUCCUGUCGAAUGGCGGUCGAAACUGGCUCUUGAUGGAGAUACGGUGGACACCAUCACUCCAGACAAACUUAGAGGUCUUAGAGACAUGUUGAACAGCAGCGCCAUGGACAUCAUGUACUACACUAGUCCGCUUUACAGAGACGAGAUUACCCGUGGCCUGACACUGGAGCUGAACCGUCUUUACUCACUUUUCUGCUCAAGAAAUCCAGAUUUUGAAAAAAAUGGAAAGGUUUCCAUCGUGUCACACUCGUUAGGUUGUGUCAUAACCUUUGACAUCAUGACGGGCUGGGACCCUGUGCGCUUUCAUCAUUCUCAAGUGCCAGAUCCAGAAGAAACAAAGGCCCGCUGGCCAAGUGAUGAAGAGCGCCAUCUUCAGGAGCAGCUCAGACUCACACGCCUCAGGUUGAGAGAUUUGGAGGAUCAAUUCCAGGGUCUGCAGACCUUGUCUUGUGUUGCAAUUCCAGCUUUAAAAUUCAAGGUGGAAAAUUUCUUCUGCAUGGGCUCCCCAUUGGCUGUAUUCUUGGCAUUACGAGGCAUCCGUCCUGGUAGCAACGUUGUGCAGGACCAUAUCCUCCCCACCUCAAUCUGCAAACGCCUUUUCAAUUUAUUUCAUCCAACUGACCCAGUGGCAUACAGAUUGGAGCCUCUUAUUUUAAAGCACUACAGUAACAUUGCACCUGUUCAAAUCCACUGGUACAACACCACCAGCCCCACGCCAUAUGAUCACAUUCGCCCCACACUGCUGAACCUCGCCAAGGAGACGACAUCUAUAUCAGACUCGGAAAGCCUUCCCAGCCCUUGCACCUCCCCGCCCCAAGCACGACGACAUUAUGGAGAGUCCAUCACCAAUCUGGGCAAGGCCAGCAUCAUGGGUGCUGCAAGUAUCGGAAAGGGAAUCGGAGGAAUCCUGUUUUCUCGCUUUUCUCGAUCCAGUGGCCAGGUGGGUGGUGUGGAGGAAGAGCCCUCAGAUUUUGAGGGUCGAACCACAGAGGUGGACAACGCAGCAGGAGAGAAGCCACUGCUCCCCGAAAGUGAUGAGAAGGAGAAACAAGUAGAAGACGAGGGUGGGGAAAUUGAGCAAGCAAUGUCUCAAUCCACUUCAGUGGUCUUGGACCAAACCACCUUGGAGCUGGAAAGACGCAUCGACUUUGAGCUGCGAGAGGGCUUGGUUGAGAGCCGCUAUUGGUCAGCGGUGACGUCACAUACAGCCUAUUGGUGCUCUUACGAUGUGGCGCUUUUUCUCCUUACUUUCAUGUAUAGACCCCAAGACCCGCCUGAGACUGCUGAGGACAACACCGAGCCCGCCUAAAAAAUAAAAAAAAAUCCAUGCACACUAUAAGGCAUGGUCAUUCAAUUCAUUUUCUAUUCACACAAUUGAAAAAAAAAAGCACUCCCUUUCUCACAACUAAAAAAAAUAUUCUAUUUUACACACUGGUACUAUUUCUAAAAUGUGAUUUUUUUUUUUUACCCUUAAUAUUACUAUAAAGUAAAUCCAUAUUUAUUUUAUUUACAUUUUAUUUAUACUUCUGAACAUAAAAACUGAAAUAUCUUUUAAUUGAUUUAAACCUUGGCUUAUUUAAACAAGAGCAUGAAAUGAUUUACCAAGUGAAUUGAAACUGAAUUGACAUUGACAAAUACUCAUAUCAGCACACAAACACACACGGACACACGCACACUGUGCUCAAAGCCUUGUCCUCACCACAUCCAGUAAGUUCCUGUGCACCAUCUUGUGCAGAAACAACUUCUUUUACCAUUUGUGCUGUUUUGGUUUUGAACUUGUACAAUGUUCUGUGUAUUUGUAUCCUCCUGUCACCCCAUAAUUGCUCCUAACCAUUGAGGAGUACAAUGCUUUGCUGUUGUGAUCAUUUUCUUAACAUGGAGAGACAGUUACUUUUCAAACCUAGCUUACACUAUUUUGAUGACUAAAAUGAUGCGCUAGUAGCAUAAACUUAGAAAGGUUCCACUUUGCCCUUUACAACAAUUUGUAUUGUUCGACCUGUGUGCGUGUCUAUGUUUGGUCUUUGUGUACGUCAAAAGAGGCUGAAUGGAAACAAUUGAAACAAAAAGAAAAUGACUCAGCCGUCAACCGUAUUUAAAUAUUUUUAUAUAUUUUUUUCCUCCACUGUCAAAAAAAUCCUAUUUAUUUACUAAUAUUUGUUCCACAUUAAAAAUCAUCCAAUAUGCCUUUAUUGACCUUGCCAUGUGAGCACAAUAAUAGCAUCUUCUGUUUAAUCAUCAUGAGAGUAAUUUUGUCAUGAUAUAUCUUAAAUGUGACGUGGCCAAAUAUUUAGGAGUUGCCUACAAUAUGUUGAUGACCUUGCAAAAUCAAGCAUUGUGUAAAACAUUCAGUAAUGUGGCAAACAGUAGCGUCUAAAAACAUAACUUUUGUUUAGCUAAUUUUAGGCUGGUUUUCUUUACACUGUGACAUAAGUUUCAGGUCCAAAUGUAUUCAUAGCAUAUUCUAAAUGUAUAGCAAAACUCAAGAAUAUGCAAGUAACCAGGAUCACAUCCUUUUUUUUUUUUU